AUGAGGAAUCCGAACAUAAAUCCGGAUCAUACGUGGACGCAUGAAUUGUGGCCGCAGUACACCAAAAAUGAAACGUAUCUUAUUUUAUCAGCCACCGAAAACGGCACAGGUCACGGCCCUCGAAGACGGCAAUGCGCUUUCUGGGAAGAUUACUUCCCUCGCCUUUACACCGCAACAGCUAACCUCAGCGAAAUGGAAAUAAAGUGGAAGUUGCAGAUGGCGAAGUGGGAGGACGAGUAUAUCACCGAUUGGAAGCAUCACUUUGAACAGUACAAAAGGCUGCAGAACAACUACUAUACAGAAUCGCGCUGCAACGGCGACACGUGA